GUGACGUCACGGCCGCCGCCGCCAUGGCCGCCCGCAGGGCGCUGCACUUCGUCUUCAAAGUGGGAGACCGGGCCCGCACGGCGCGGUUCUACCGGGAGCUGCUCGGCAUGAGGGUGCUGCGGCACGAGGAGUUCGAGGAGGGCUGCAAGGCCACCUGCAAUGGCCCUUAUGAUGGAAAAUGGAGCAAGACCAUGGUGGGCUAUGGACCAGAGGACAAUCACUUUGUGGUAGAGCUGACUUACAAUUAUGGCAUUGGGGAAUAUCGCCUGGGCAACGACUUCCUGGGCAUCACUCUGGUGUCCAGCCAGGCUGUGAGCAAUGCCAAGAAGAUGGGCUGGCCCCUCAAAGAGGUCACCUCUGGUGUCUUUGAAACUGAAGCCCCAGGAGGAUAUAAGUUCUACCUGGAAGACAAGGAAAAGCUCAAGCAAGAUCCCGUGUGGAAGGUAACCCUGGGUGUCUCAAACCUGCAGAAGUCUGUGAGCUACUGGUCUGGUUUGCUUGGGAUGAAAAUAUAUGAGAAGGAUGAGGAGAAACAGAGGGCUUUGCUGGGCUAUGCUGAUGACCAGUGCAAGCUGGAGCUGAGGGCUGUAGGAGGGGCAGUGGAUCACGGGACAGCGUUCGGCCGCGUCGCCUUCUCCUGUGCCAAGGACGAGCUGCCAAGCAUCGAAGCCCUGAUGAAAAAGGAAAAUCAGAAGAUUCUGAGCCCUCUGGUCAGCUUGGACACCCCUGGCAAAGCCACGGUGCAGGUGGUGAUUCUGGCUGAUCCUGAUGGCCAUGAAAUCUGUUUUGUGGGAGAUGAGGCGUUCAGAGAGCUGUCCCAGGUGGACCCCAAUGGUGACAAGCUGUUGGAUGAUGCCAUGGCUGCAGACAACAGCGACAAGUGGUUUGCUGAGCACAACAUGAAGAAAGUUUCAGCUUAGCUGGGGGAAUGGGCUGAGCUGCUCCUCCGUGCCUUGGAGCUCUUCCAAGAAAAUGCCAAUCCUGUUCAAGUGCUGCCUUCCCAACCAGAGGGUGCUGGGAUGUCCCGUGGUGGAUUUUUGGGUUGAUUUAAGCUGAUGUCUCUGCCUUUCACAUCUCCUCCUUCCCAAAAACUGGGGCUGUGCAGCAAAGGAGCAGCUGGCUUCAGAACCAGGGGUCAUCAGUGAAGAAAACCUCAUAUUUCUGUGGUGUUGUACUUGAAAGAAAGGUGAAUAGAUCUGUUAUUUUCUGAUUAAUUAAUUUUCUGAUUAAUUUGCUUUAGCUGUUGUUUAUUUGCAAAGUAGAGAGGAGAUUUUGAGGUAGCUGUGGUUACUCCCCCUCUCCAGUGGGGUGUGGGGUGCAUCCCUUUAUUGGGAACAAAGAAAUGAUCUUGCCAAACUGUGUGAAUGCUCCAUCCUUGUUUCAUUCCAAGGUGUUUCCCCAAAUUGCAGGGGGAAAUUUCACUCGAGAGCCCCUGGGGUGUUUCUCACUGGGAUCCUGCUGUUAAUGGGGUGGUUUCCACCCCUUCUCCAGGAGAUUUCCAUGAGCUGAGGCUGUGCUUUGGGAUUUGUAGCUGCAAUGUCUGCUGAGGUGCCAGGGGGCAGCUUGAAAUAAGUUUUGCAGUUAGGUUUUGGUGAGAAAUUUUGGAAAUAACGGCUCAGAGUUUGUUCUGUUGGAAUGAAGUCACUCUGCUGGGAAUGCAGGGAGUCAUUCCUGGCACUGUUUGUGCUGCCUGACUGCUCAUUUUCCUGAUGAAAAAAUUAAAUAAAAUACCUGAAAUCAGGUUUUCAUCAUGAAACUGAAAUGGAUUUCAUGGAGAAGAUCAGGCAGUGUUGGCACUUCUGAGCUGGACCAGGAAAAAUUCCUGCUGCGAUUUUGUCUGAAUUUUUAAAUUAAUUUAUAAUUAUGGUUUUGAAUCCUAUUUGUCAAAUUAAACACGUUGAUACUGGAGCACAGAAUGAAUGAAUGAAUUAAUUAAUUAAUUAGCCAAAUUCAAUUUGUUUUAAUGUCGGUUUUGAAUCCUAUUUGUCAAAUUAAACACGUUGAUACCGGAAUGUGGCAAUUAAUUAAUUAAUUAAGCCAAAUUCAGUUCAUUUUGAAUAUGGUUUUGAAUCCUAUUGAUCAAAUUAAACACGUUGAUAUUGGAGUGCGGCAAUUAAUGAAUGAAUGAAUUAAUUAAUUAAAUGAUGGGUUUGACUCUUAUUCAUCAAAUUAAACACGUUAAUGUUGGGGCACGGAAAUUAAUGAAUUAAUUAAGCCCACUUCAAUUCAUUUUAAUGUCGGUUUUGAAUCGUAUUCCUCAAAUUAAACAUGUUGAUAUUGGAGCAUGGCAAUUAAUGAAUGAAUUAAUUUAAUGACGGUUUUGAAUCUUAUUUGUCAAAUUAAACAAGUUAAUAUUGGAGCAUGGCAAUUAAUUAAUUAAUUAAUAAUUAAGCUUACUUCAGUUCGUGUUAGUGACGGUUCUGAAUCCUAUUGGUCAAAUUAAACACGUUAAUAUUGGAGCACGGCAAUGAAUGAAUGAAUGGAUUAAUUAAUUAAUUCAUUAA